GGAUGGAUGAAUAAAAGCCAGUGGCGACACUGAGCGCACCGGAGCUCCUGCCAUGUGUGGCGCUGACCGUGGUGCUGAAGCCCCGUCUGUGCCGUUUAACCGGGGAUCGCGUUAAUGUGUGUGUGUAUGAGAGAGAGAGAAAGUGACUGAAUGUGUCUAUGUGUGACGGCAGCCUGUCGUGGUUUCAUGCCAAACUUGGAAAUGCCACAAGUAUUCACCCAGCAGCGUCGUCUUCAGUUUUGAUGGGAGAAUGUCGCCAUUCAGGGUGAAAAAGGGAAGGAGACCUGCAGCGUUGCAUUAAAGCUCUGCAAUAGCCCGGCAUGGAUGGCACACAAAAUGUAUCAAGACGCUGAAAUAUAACAUAAAGCAAGAGGCUUUGGGAAUAACCGGUGGAAAACUGAAGCAGUUCCUAACGGGAGACAUCCAGUUGCCAUGAUUGCGGGCUACCAGGAGAAAAUGUUUGUGAAUAAUAUUUAUCUCGCAAUAUACAGCACCUGAAGUUCAAAGAGAAGUUUUUAUGUGUGUAAUUUAAUAAUUGAAUUAAAUAUGUUAAUGAUCGACAUCAGAUCCCGUGGCGCUGUAAUAAUUUUGGGAAAAAUACCCACAUUUUAAAACUCGCAAUGUUGUAAACAGCAAAGUUAAGAACAGGUGGAUACUUCACAUACUUUGAGUACUUAAUUCGGACAUUUUAUUUGGGGAAGAAAAUACUUUUUUCAGCAAAACAUGUUCGUUUUUGUAUACUCCGUUGUGUUGCUGCUCUUUGGUUGUGACAUAUUUUUGGUGGGAGCAAACCGCCCCCCAGCUCCUGUCAACGUCUCCGUCAUGCACCUGAGGGCAGACUCGGCCACCGUGUCUUGGGAUGUCCCCGAGGGGGAUGUCAUCAUUGGCUUUUCCAUCUCGCAGCAGAGGCAGGACGGCCAGAUGCAGAGGUUCAUCAGGGAGGUCAACACCACUAGCCGCACCUGCGUCCUCUGGGAUCUGGAGGAGGAGACGGAUUACAUCAUCCAGGUUCAGUCCAUCGGACUCUAUGGGGAGAGCCAGGCAAGCAAGCGCGUUCACUUCAGAACCCUGAAGAAGUCAGACCGAUUCCCAUCCAACAGCUCCAACCAAGAUGAUCCAACAGUGCAGGGUUUAGAUAAGUCCAGAAACCUCCAAACAGGAGAGAUGAUCAUCAUCGUCGUGGUGUUGCUGAUGUGGGCAGCUGUGAUCGCCCUGUUCUGCCGGCAGUAUGACAUUAUCAAGGACAACGACUCCAGCAACAGCAAGGAGAAGGUGAAGCCGUGCUCGGAGCGGAGCACGCCAGAGCACCACAGUGGGGGCUUGCUCAGGAGCAAGGUGGGCACCGGCAGAGGCAGGAUCGCCAUUGCGCUUGUGCUUGCUGUGCAAACAAGCAGCCUGGACCCUACAGAUAAACCGGCUCGUUUCACCCAUCCGUCCCCUCCAUCAACAUCAUCGAAGUCUGAAGCGUCGAGCAUCUGCCCGGAGGUCAGCUGCCCCUUCCUCCUUCCCCUCCACCCCCCAGCAAUGGGGCCCCCAUACUGCCCAGAGCAUGAAUCCUCUCCAGGGCUGGGUUCCCGCCAGCCUCUUGGAGCACACAGUGACACCAUUCCAAAACUAGCCAGCUUCUUGGGAUGAAGUGCCCCCAUGUAUUGUCUUAUUGUCAGUUCAUGAUGGAGAUCAAGGAUGGAGAUUGGCAAACCCACACACCGUGAAAACGGGAUUUCUCAUAUGGUGAAUCUGCCACCAGGGAAUAGCUGCAAUGUUUCAAACUUACUCUCAGAAUGUAUUUUCGCUCCCCCAAAUUAGGAAACACGAUUUUGUAAUUUCCCCAGCUAUGAAAUAUGAUUGAUUCAGCCAAAAAAGAAAAAAGCAGACAGAGGAAAGUAAUUUAGCAAUAGCUAAUGGCAUCUAUGCUAAGGGCAUCCAUGAAGGGCUCAGUUCCUUGAAGUCCUGUAUAAACUCCACAAACACACUUCAUUUAUUUAAGAUAACUCAACUAAACUCAAAUGAUUACAUAUACAUAUGUAGACACACAUUGUGUAGCUGCAUGCUGGUCAUUAAUCUGUAAAGCACUUACUGUGUAGAUUAAUACUGUUCUACUUCAGAAAUACGAAUGCAAAAAAUGCUUAAAAAAUGCAAAUUAAAAAGUAUUUAUGUGUCGACCACAAAAAUAUAUUGAUACCACAGAGAUGAUCAUUUUGUUUCAACCAUGCUCAUCUCUGCUAAUAUAGCUAAUUGUCAGGUAUGACUUUUAGAUUUAUGUUGAGCAGAUGUAAAUUCUCUGAUUAAGAGCAAUGCGUUACUUUACGUGAAUAAAGCUUACAUCCACCAAGAGGCAGUGCGUUUGCUAUUAAUCAGAACUAACAUCUCCAUAUGGAUAACGGAGACACAGCAUGCAAUAAUUACAGCAAUCGAUUCAGAAUGAUAACUGUGAAACGGACUACUCUGAAUGUAAUAAAAAAUAAUAAUUAAUAGCUUGAUACCAUGUGAAGGACAUGUCUGAUGUCAGAGAUUCACAAUGCAAUGAUUCAGUCCAGUUGUCUGUAGUUGUAUACAGUAGGUGUAUAUAGUAAUAGAACAGAUCCCUUUUUGUUUCGCUGUUUGAGAUUCAAGUGUUUAGCAGAUCAAGGAAAACAUUUUCAGUUUGAUAACUGUAAUAAAAAUGUCACAAAUAA